AUACAAAUGUGAGAAAAAUAUAUGAACUGGACCCUAACUCGGAACUUUCCUUAUCUCUGUCGAAUGCCCCCAAAACAAAAUUCGAAUGGUUGAAUUAAACAUUUCCAUUUCCCCCUCUUUUCCCUCACAACAAAUUUCAGACGAAGCAGACGUGUUUGUCGAAAUGCCGCAACGAAAUUCCCGGAAGCAAGACCACCAAGCCACCAUGCCAAGACGAUCCCCGAGGUUUGCUGGCAACAAUACCAAGAUUCGAGAGGAACCCACCACCGUUUUGAGAAGAUCUCCAAGAAUUCUUGCGAAAAAUCGAGACGAAUCAGAGGACUUGAAAACCCCAAUCCAGGAGAAGAAGGGACCGAUGGAGCCCUAUCUGGACACAAGCUGUUGUGUUUCGACCCCAGAGGAGUGUUUGAAAGCACUGGAGCCCCGGGAUUCAGUGGGUCGAGAGGUGCUGAAAGAGGUGGGUUUGGGGAAUAGGGGUUCGAGAAGAGCUGAGCAAUUGAAGGAAGGGGGUGAAGGUUUGAGAAGAUCUGUGAGGUUAGCGGGUAAGGAAAAUGUCAAUUGGCGGGUGAAUUUUGAUGUGGUCAAGGAAGAGGAGAAAGAUUUGGGGAGCAAGGGUGUGCCGGUUGCACGUAAAUCUGCUAGAAAGAGUUUUAAGGAAACUGGUUUUGAUGUUCCAUCUUUCGGGAUGGUUCUGUGUGAUUCAGCUAAUCAACAAAGUGUACAAGCGGGGAUUGGUUUGCCUGUGCAAUCUGUAGGUGAGAUGAAGAAGACAUGCAAGUCAAGGGAGGGAAAUGCGCAGAAACUUGUUAAGUGUGCCAGGAAAAAAAUUGAUAAGUCUGUGGAGGAUUCCAAAGCUGAACAAAGUGUGCAAGCGGUGAUUGGUUUACCUGUACAAUCUGUUGGUGAGGCAAAGAAGACAGGCAACUCAAGCGAGAGAGAUGCACAGAAAAUUGCUAAGUGUGUGAGGAAAAGAACGGAUAAGUCUCCAGAAUAUUCAAAAGCUGAACUUUUGGGUAAAGGUGUUUCAUCUGAAAUAUUUUAUAAAUCAGGUAUAGGGGCAUCUGACCAAGAAACAGCGGGGGGAUCUAGUACAGCUCCUGUGGAAGGCCGAGUAGAAAAGGAGGCAAGGGCUGUUGAGAAAAAACCAAAGUGCAUUGGAGUUAAGAGGAAGAGGAAUCAAGUUGAAGAUUGUUGUGAAAAUCAGGGAACAAUUUCUGGGUGGACCAAGGAACAGGAAUCAGCACUGCAGAAAGCGUAUUUAGCUGCGGAUCCGACUCCUCGCUUUUGGAAGGACGUUGCUAAAAAGGUGCCUGGUAAAUCUGCACAAGAUUGUUUUGAUAGAGUACAUGCUGACCAUCUGACUCCUCGUCCUCGUUCAAGAGCAAAAGUACUGAACUCAUCACCCGUUUUGUACUCUCCUUCAAAGUUGCUUGAUUCCAUAAGAUCAAAGAGUAAAAGGCCUGGACACACUAAACAAAAGGGUCAGGCUGUGCAGAAAACUAUGAGAAAGUUACUGCAAAAGGAGUUUCAGGUUAACAGAGAACAAAAUGCAGACCUGUUCUCCAUACUUGAGCCCCAAGUAAGUUUGUCUCCUAAUGCAUUACAGCAGGGCGUAAACUGUUCUACCCCAAAACAGGAGAACCCUAAACUGCUUAGAAGAUGCCAGGAGACAUCUUCUUCAGACCGCAGAAAGCAGUGUUUACAAAUUAAUAGCAUGAACGAAGCCAGAGGUGCAAGUCCACCAGUUCUAAAGCCAGUUAAGAACAAAGCGUUGCAUGAAAAAUAUAUUGACAAGCUACAUGCUAGGAGAAGAGCAGGGUCUGCAAAGGCUGCAAAAUCCAGCCUUCAGGCUCGAGAUAGAAAGGAGUGCCGUGUUCAGAAAAAUGCCGUUGAAUCUGCAAAAAAUGCAUUGCUGGAUGAUGCAAGAGUUGCUAUAAAGCAGUACCAACAUAAGCAGGCCAAUGACUUUAGCAUCCGUCCUGAUGAUGAUGAUGAUGUUCUUUUUGGUGAUGAGGAUACAGAUGGAGAGAAUAGUUUAUAACCUUUUUUUUUUAUAUUGAUACCAGUGCCUCAGAGUUGAUCAUAUAACUAGCCUUAGUCAGUUGAAACGAUAUCUGUUUGUAUUCAGUUUUACAGUCGGGGAUCAAACUAGGCAUCAGGAUAGACGUGACAUUCGGAAUUUUGAACUUAAUGUGUUGAGCUCUUCCCCCCUUCUCCCCGCAAAUUUUAAUAAAGAUUGAAAGACCUUGAUACA